UUCACACGCUCGCGUUGGGCGCUACAAAAAGCAUUUUACUCCUUCAAACUAAUAGUAUUUGAUCGUGAGACAUCGUGCGUUUUCAGUGCGCUAUUAAAAUAAGCAAAAGUUGCAAAGUGUGAAUAUAACAAGUGUCUAGAUAAGCAACCUUUGGAACUAUGGCACCUAUAGGAGGCUGGCUGUGUUGUAGCCGUAAUGCCAAGUUGGUUGCUCCUAUAGACAAUACCGUCGAAGAUGGAAAUUUCGACUAUGACUUGGCGGUCAUUGGUGGUGGCUCUGGUGGGCUCGCGUGUGCCAAAGAGGCAGUGAACCUGGGCGCUAAAGUCGCCGUGCUGGACUAUGUGACACCAUCACCACAGGGCACUAAAUGGGGUCUCGGAGGAACCUGUGUCAAUGUAGGGUGUAUACCCAAGAAGCUGAUGCACCAGGCUGCAUUGCUGGGAGAAAGUAUUCACGAAGCUGUAGCGUAUGGGUGGCAAGUGCCCUCGCUAAAGGACAUCAAAAUCAGUUGGGCUGCGCUCACAGAGUCCGUACAGAACCACAUCAAGUCCGUGAACUGGGUGACCAGGGUCGACCUGAGGGAUAAGAAAAUCGAAUAUAUCAAUGGUCUGGGAGAGUUCAAAGAUGCGCAUACUAUUAUUGCGACGAUGAAGAAUGGAUCAAAGAAGGAGCUGACGGCGAAGAAUAUAGUGAUAGCGGUGGGCGGGCGGCCGCAGUACCCCGACAUCCCCGGCGCGAUGGAGUACUGCAUCAGCAGCGACGACAUCUUCAGCCUCGGGCACCCGCCCGGCAAGACGCUCAUCGUCGGCGCUGGAUACAUCGGUCUCGAAUGCGCGGGCUUCCUGAACUCGAUGGGCUUCCCGGCGACGGUGCUGGUGCGGUCGGUGCCGCUGCGCGGGUUCGACCAGCAGAUGGCGCGCAUGGUCACCAACGAAAUGGAGGAGAAGGGCGUCACCUUCCACCACAAGUGCGUGCCGCUGUCCGUCGAGAAGCUCGAGUCGGGGCAGCUCAAGGUGCGCUGGCUCAACACCGAGCUGCAGGAACAGUUCGAGGAAGUUUUCGACACAGUACUCAUUGCGACCGGUCGGUACGCGCUCACUAAGACACUCAACCUGGGAGUCGCUGGAGUCAAUUGCGUGACGGAGAGCGGCAAGAUCCAGGCUGCGACGGAGCAGACGAACGUGUCGCACAUCUUCGCGGUGGGCGACGUGCUGGCGGGCCGGCCCGAGCUGACGCCGGUGGCUAUCCACGCGGGGCGGCUGCUGGCGCGCCGCGUGUUCGCGGGCGGCAGCCAGCACAUGGACUACGACAACGUGGCCACCACCGUCUUCACGCCGCUCGAGUACGGCUGCGUCGGCCUCAGCGAGGAGGUCGCCACCGAGAGAUUCGGUGCGGAUAACCUGGAGAUAUACCACGCGUACUACAAGCCCACGGAGUUCUUCAUUCCGCAGCGCAACAUCAAGAACUGCUACCUGAAGGCGGUGGCGCUGCGCGAGGCGCCGCAGAAGAUCCUCGGCCUGCACUUCGUGGGCCCCGUCGCCGGAGAGGUCAUACAGGGCUUCGCCGCCGCUAUCAAAUGCGGUAUCACAAUGGACCACUUAAUAAACACGGUGGGCAUCCACCCCACAGUGGCUGAGGAGUUCACUCGCCUCAACAUCACCAAGCGCUCCGGCAAGGACCCCAACCCCGCGUCCUGCUGCAGCUAAGCCGCCCCCCCCCCACACACACACCCGCACCACUCACCACACUUACAGCGACCACAAACACUCGAACGUGAUCACAACACAAUGAUAUUAAACAAAUCACAGGGUAAACUAGUGCAACGCAAACACCCUGUAUAAAACUAUACAAGGUUUCAGAGUGAUAAUGUCUUUAGAACAUGAAAAUACUAAUACACUCCAUGGGUUUCCUAGUGGCGUGAAUAUCAAACAAUUUAGAAAUGAUCUCUAUAAUAAAUCUUGAAAAUGAUAUUUGUGAUUUAUUUUUUUAUUGUUUCCCGGCCGUUACUUAGCCGACUCACUCUUGUUAAAUUUUCUCGCAAUUUUUUUUAUUGUUUAGUCAAUUUCUUAUCGUAUUGAAUUUAAUAUAAUGUCGCUGUAAGUGCUCACGGUUAUCAACAUGUAACUCAACUUAGGAAAUGGUUUCGUAAGAUAUUAAUACCAAUUCUAAUCGAUAUUGUACGAAUUGUAGCAUUUAAAAAUUUAUUUGUAGUUGCAACAGGGAGGUGUGAAUAAAAUAUUGGUUGAGGAAUUCAUUAUGUAAAAAUCACAUGUUGUCACACUCUGCAGUAUCUUGUUAUUGUUACAUUGUAACUGUUAACGUACUAUACGAGUGUUUUAAUCCCUCCUUUUCAAAAUAUUAAAUUUAUCUUAAAUUACUUGGAACUGAUCGUAUGUGAUCGGUAAUAUAUUCGGGAUGGGCAUACAAUGUCGUCGCUACCAACUGUUCGGUGCUCCAACGUGCUUGGCAACAAGUAUACAAACAGCUUGAUUUCAAUGUUAUAGUACAAAUACUACGAAAAUUAUGCAUAAAAUGUUGUCUCAAAAUGUCUAUCAUCAUUGUAUUAUGAUAUUGUUAUUAUGAUGGAAAUAAAAUGGUACAGUAUU